AUGAUACUGGCGGCGGCUAGUAUCAAUGACCCGUCUUACGUCCCCACGGAUUAUCAGACUUUCCUGUUGACGGUCUUCAUCAUGAUUCUCCAUGCGAUCCUUUCCUCUAUGCCGACACGUUGGCUUGCAAAGUUCAACUCCGCUGGUUCCACAUUCAACUUCAUUGCGCUGAUUGUGGUCAUCAUAAUGAUCCCAGCGGGCACAGACCGUACAGAGCGCGGUCUACCCCGUUUUGCCCCUUCGAGCGAGGUCUGGGGCACGAUAUACGAAGGCACAUCCUUCCCAGCUGGUAUAUCAGUCCUGAUGUCCUUUAUCGGCGUCAUCUGGACCAUGUCAGGCUACGACUCGCCAUUCCAUCUUGCGGAAGAAUGCUCCAACGCUAACCUGGCUUCUCCGCGCGCUAUUGUUCUGACAUCCGCUACCGGAGGCUUCUUUGGCUGGUUCCUUCAGCUUGUCGUGGCAUACACCGUCGUGGAUAUCGACCUAGUCCUCGAGUCUGAGCUUGGGCAGCCCUUCGCUGCCUACCUGAUGCAAUGCAUGUCGCAGAAGAUGACGCUGGCCAUCCUCGCCCUCACCAUUAUAGCCGGGUUUAGCAUGGGUCAAGGAUGUAUGAUUGCGGCAAGCAGAGUGACAUUCGCGUACGCGCGUGAUGACUGCUUCCCGUUAUCCAAGUACUGGAAGAGGGUCAACAAACACACACAGACACCUGCGAAUGCCGUUUGGUUCAAUUGCGCGAUCGGCAUACUGUGUCUGCUGCUCAUAUUUGGCGGCGAGCUGGCUGUUGGAGCGCUGUUCUCCAUUGGUGCCAUCGCAGCUUUCGUCGCCUUUACCAUACCCAUUGCUAUCCGCGUUUUCUUCGUGGGCAAUCGCUUUAGACCGGGUCCAUGGAACUUGGGGAAGUACUCCAGCGCUAUUGGCAGCGUUGCAUGCAUCUUUGUCUUGCUCAUGAUACCUAUCUUAUGCUUCCCCAGCGUAACCGGACCGGACUUGACCGUGGCAGACAUGAACUGGACAUGCGUCGUUUACGGUGGUCCGAUGUUCUUGGUAACGAUAUGGUGGUUCGUUUCCGCACACAAGUGGUUCAAGGGCCCCAAGGUAAACAUCGAGCACAUGAUGCUUGGACGGGAAGAAGCCGUUCUGAUCGGACAGGGGUCAGUGGGCGAUGGUAAGGAUGGUGAUAACUCGUUGGGUGAUAUGAAAAGUCCGGAGGAGAUCACAAAGUCGUAA